ACCGCCUCCAGGAACGUCGCCGACUGCGUGGGACGAGGCAUGGCAGCAUCUCUAGCGCUGCGCCGGCAUGCCUGGUUGAGAGGAUCUGACCUCAACGCCAACGUUAAAUCGGCCAUUGAGGACAUGCCACUGGACAGUACCGGCCUUUUCCACGCCGACACUGAUGAGCGUCUGAACCGCAAGUUCAGAAUGAAGGCUGCGGCUAAGAAGCACGGGAUGUCUUCCGCCCCCAUCUCGCCCUUCAGAAGGAGGCACCGUCCUUGGCCGCCGCAAGGGCCUGUGGUUUGCAACCGUCGACCUGAAGGAUGCCUAUUUCCACAUCGGGAUCCGAGAGUCUCAUCGAAGAUUCCUCACCUUCGCUGUGGGCUCCGUCGCAUACCACUACAACGUCCUCCCCUUCAGCCUUGCCACGGCACCGAGAGCCUUCACGAAGUGCAUGGCACCGGUGGUGGCCUACCUUCAUCAAAAGGGGUUCAUGGUCCCAAAGAGAGCUGCAGGAGGCACUCUCAUUCGCCUUACGCCUUUUGGACUCCCUCGGACUGGUCAUCAACCGAGAGAAGUCCCACUUCACACCCUCCAGGCAGGUCAAGUUCAUCGGGGCCAUCCUCGACUCCGAAACAUGCUCCGCCUUUUUCCCUCCAGACCGUUUCCAGGCGCUGACGACCUCGAUCAGGCCUUGCAUCUCUCACAGAAGGGUGAGGGCCAGGGAUGUCCGGGUCGCCCUCGGUCACAUGGCUUCGACAACUUUCGUCACACCUUGGUCAAGACUCCGCCUUCGACCUCUUCAAUCCUGGUUCCUCUCGGCCUUCUCUCCGAUGACAGACCCUCCAUCCAAAUGGCUCACGGUACCGAGACCUAUAGCCGCUUC